AUGCAGCAUCUACUUCGAAGCAGCACGCUACUCUACUCAGCUAUGAAGAGCAGUCGCACUGCUCACAAAGUAGAAGGUCGCAGCGGCAAAAGAGCGCGCCGCGCAGCAGUGACUAUUUGCACUUUCACCUGCGACGUUGGCCGGGCACUACAUAUAAUGACGGAGGUACAGAAGAAAAUAAGCAUAACAGCAAAAUCAAUUGAGGUGGGCAAUAAAACACAUCUCUCACGACACGCGCACUCAAUUCGACCCGUAAGUAGUAUUUUCUAUUUCGACGUAGCUAUAGCGACCGGCUUUGUUUCCUACUACUACAAAAUAAAGCCUAACUCAUUUAUUCGGCACGACGGGAUCGAGGGCCAGACCGGCAUGCUUUCGAUCACGUCAUCAAGCCAGACACAACUUCUUUUCUACGUGCACCGGAAAGGGUGCUGCUGCUCUUGA